GUGAGGGAGGUGCUGAUUGGCAGUGGGCGGCAACUUUUUGCAAACAUCUCCACUGGUUACAACAGGCACCUCUCAAGGCCUCCGGGACAGCUUUGUGAAGAAGGAGAGGGAACUACAGGGUGAGUAGGUUCCUUACCCUCUUCACACGACCUUGGUUGACCCUUCUCGGAUUUUUCCCCAGCCUUUUUUGUUGACCUACCACUUGCCCUGAGGAAAGCAUUCUGGUGUUUUUGGACCACUCCCCGUGUACCCCCCACCCUCCCAUAACCCACUGAGAUGGUCUAGGUCAGCCUCUUCUGCCCCCUUCCCAGGGUCCUUUCAACCCCACCACUCUGCUGACUCUGCUCCUCUUGCCCACAGGUGGCUGUCAGGACCUGCCCCAUGUCCUCUACACCCAACUCUUGCACUUGCCCAGCCUGCAGUGCAGUGAGCUAAGACCAGCAUCUGUGCGAACCUUUACUGUGAAAAUGUCACAGCCCGACCUGGUGGUCAGGGAACCCUGAGGCGUCCUGGUGCCGGAGGCCACUUUGAGGGUCUCCGCGGACCCUCUGUAGCUGUCCUCCCACCUCAUGAAGGAGUUCAUUCCCAGCAGUGGGCAAAAGGAACUCCUCUACUGGGCUUGGGCCCUCUAGGCCCCCUUGCUGCUCACCCUGGUUCCCAGCAUCUCCUCAGCCCUGUUCCCACUUCUGCAACCCUCAGUCCCAGGUGAGUGUCCAGGGUAGAGAAGGACAAGGAGAUACCGCCCAGCUCCUCCUUCAGCCACCCGUCUACCAAGGGCUCACCAAGUGGACACCAAAAAAGCGUGAUUUGUUAGAAGGGCCUUGGGACAGGAGGGGGAAGAACGUGCCAAGUGUAGGGAACAACAAAUACAAACAGAGGCCUCAAAGUGUUGUGCAUGCUGGGGAAUGAGUGUACAGCGGACCUCCGAGGUGGGUUGGGAGACGCCGCUGAUACGAUCAGGUAGCCCACAGUCUGUCGCCAAAGAGCUUGGGGUGGUGGGGAGCCGUGUAAAUUGUGGGGUGGUUUACACAAUGCUGGUGGGAGAUGCAGAUGGGUUAGAGGGAGCAAGGGUGGGGGCUGGGAGGCCAUCAGGGCUGUUGGGUUUGUGCAGUACCCGGAGCGGUCUGGGCCUGAACCUGGGGAGAAGCCCACACCCUCGACACUUUAACGUCUGGGUGUCUGUUGGCCUGAGCAAGGACCUGAGGGAAAGCAGGGCGUCGGCGGCUCCCUGUCCCCCUCCCCUGCAGCAAUCCCACGACACCUGGUCUGGAACCAGUGGCAACAUUGCUGCCCACUCCCCGUGGCCCCAUGCCCUAGAAGGAGCCAGGCCUCUAGGCAAGAGGCUCUGGCUGAGCAUAGGACCCCGGCCUCCAUAGGCCCGAACAGCAGCACCUACCUCCCCUCUUACAGGCUUCCUGGAGCCUCAUCAGGUAGCUCCAGCCAAUACACAGCCCAGACCAGCAUGGUAAGUGGGGCCCAGAGAGGCUGGGACCUGGGAUGAGGGCCUGGCCUCUGCGUCCCUGUUCCUCUUCCCACGGGCUAUCCCAUCCACCCCCUGUGAAGCCCCAAUACCUAUCCCACUGGUUCUCCAGGCAACGAGGGAAGAGCAAGGGAGCCCAAGCCUCCAUUUCCCUGGGCUCCAGGGACCUCUUAAGGGUCCACUCCCUCCCUAUACACAAACAGACACAGUGGCCACAAUGGGGGUAUAUGGUCUGAUUUCUGACCUUCCCCAGACACCAUCUCCCCAUUUUUAUCUGCUUGUGGGAGAUGUUCCAGGAGCCAUCUGGCUACCCUAUACUCCUGCUUGGGUGUGCUCUCCAGCCUGCAGUGUUCCCUGGCUCGUGAGGGCCUUUGACUACAUGCUCAGGGGCAAAGGAGGGCAAGAUAGGGGGAUCCCUGAGGGUGGAGACAGACCAGGAUGACCCUGGGACCUGUGAUGCUAGCAAUACUCAGUCAUGGUCCUCUUCCUGUGCAGGGCAGGGCAGGCCUCACGAAGCCUCUUUAAAGGAUUCACUAGAUUCUCUAUUGAGGUUUGAUUUAGUGAAUUUCUUUACCCUUUAGUAUAAGGUGACUAUCUGCCUAAGAUUUAAACAGAUCCAUGGUGUGGUAUUUGUAGCUUAUAACAAGAAAUGUAUAUUUGGUCUUCAUCCUGUUCCUGGCACAGAGCUGCUAAAUCCUGGAAGUUUCCUAUUACGAAGGAAGGACAAUAAAGGGUCUUUUGCUGUGUUAAUAUUGACUUGCCGAAAGCCUCUAGGUGACAAGGAUGCAGGCCGGCCGGAGAGGGCCCUUGUGACAAACUGCCUUGUCGGACGGACCAGUUAAGACUACAUUUCUGGGAGAGGUUGAAACUGCAAUUAGGUUAGGUAUGAAGCCCAGGUUUGUGACUCGGCCUGACAUAAGUAAUCCCAUCUUGGGCCUUGGUUUUCCUUUCGAAAAGUCCCUUGCCUGGUCUCCCUUACAGACGUUGAUGUGGGAAACAAAAGCAGAAGAAAAUGGCAGAUAGAAUUAAAUUUCCUAAUAACCUGCAGCCCAUUGACAAAUACUUGAGGCUGGCAGAGUAAAACGUUUCUCCAGGAACUCCCUACAGUCUCAAUGCUGAUGGCUUUGCUAGAAUGAAAACAACCUUCUCUCCACAGGCAAGGCCGCCAAUAUCCUGUGAGCCUUCUUUAGCAUAUGAAAGUCUCACUAGAAACUUCCCCUGGACUUUACCUCCCCCAGCUCCAUAGUAUAUAUAACCAGUGUCUCUUCAUGGUCCCAGGGCAGCUCUUCCUGCCCACGGGUUCUGUCCCCGUGCUUUAAUCAAAUCACCUUUCUUGCACCAAAGAUGUCUUCAAGAAUUCUUUCUUGGCUGUUGGCUCCAACCCCAUGAACCCCACUGUCACCCCAAAAACCUCAUCAGAUGUGUCCAAGAAACUGGAAACAUGGAUUCUAAAGUCCCUUUCAGGGGUGCCUGGCUGGCUCAGUCAGUAGAGCCUGUGACUCGAUCUCUGGGCGGUGAGUUCAAGCCCCACAUUGGGGGUAGAGAUUACUUUGAAAAUGAAUGAAUGAAUACAACAAAGUCCCUUUCAGCAUUUGUAUUCUCUGAGCAGGGUUAUUAUGUAAUCUGGUAUUCUAGAGUGCAGAUUGACCUGGAGGGGAGGGAGACAACAGGCAAGAUCAGUCAGGAGGCUGUGGCAGGGCCCUCAGGAGAGAUAAGUGCUGACUGGAGGUGAUAAGAGUGGGAAGGAAAGCAUAAAAGCAAAACAGAGUGAUUUUUCUCAGAGAACCAGCCUUUGAAGUAGGAUUACCAGAUAAAAUACUUCUAUUGAAAAAUUAUUUUUUUAUCUGAAAUUCACAUUUACCUAGUGUCCCGGGGCUUUUUGAUUGUUGUUUUCCAAAUUUCACAACCCUACUUCAAAAAUGUACCUGAAGGGACUGUGACCUAACUUGGGGGCUUCUUGUAGAGACAUUGAGCCACCAACCUCCUUUCCCAGCCCCGGCCAGCCCUUUUCUCUCUCUCUACAGCACAGGCCUCAAGGAUGUGGCCUUUCUCCCUUUCCUCCUCAACACUGUCCUCACUCCCUCCAUCCCCUGGGCUCCUCCUCACAAGGCCUGACUCUGGGGCAGGCUGCAGGAGGAAGCUCGAGGCUGAACAUUCUGGUGCCAUCUAUGUCUGGGGACCCCUUUGCCGUCCAAGAGCACUUCUGCACUCACUGCACCCCACGGCCCACAGGACUGCGAGCCGCUGGAACGCACUGGAGCUUAAGAGACUGGGCCUCAUGUUGAGAAUUCAAGACAUAAAACCAAAGAUAGGCGCCCCCAAAAUGGUUCCUCCCAGCCCGCGGAAGUCCGGAGACCCACCCGCCAACAGCACCCUCCGGGGCCUCCGAGGACCUACAGCUCCGCCUAACCGCCGGCAGUGGCGGAGACUCGGUUUCCCAGAAGCCCCCCGGCUGGGUCCCGCCCACAGCUCUGCCGGGCGCCCCCUGGCGGCGCGCUUCAGCUCCGCUCCAGUUCCCGGCGGCCCGCGCGGCACGUUCUCGGCGGAAGGGCUGCUGGCGAUGGCUGGGGCUGGUUCUGCCGCUGUGUCCGGGGCAGGGACCCCCGUGGCGGGUCCCGCAGGCCGCGAUCUCUUCGCCGAGGGGCUCCUCGAGUUCCUGCGACCGGCUGUGCAGCAGCUGGACUCUCACGUCCACGCUGUCAGAGAGAGCCAGGUAGAGCUCCGGGAGCAAAUUGACAACUUGGCUACUGUUUCUAGUGACCGGCCCAUGUGGGUGCAGGCCUGCCUUCCCCAAGAACGAGGAGCCAUUAGGUGUUAGUUUGCAGCUUACUUCCAUCCCCCAGAGCUGUGCCGAAUCAACGAGGAUCAGAAAGUGGCCCUGGAUCUCGACCCCUAUGUCAAGAAGCUGCUUAAUGCCCGGCGACGAGUUGUCUUGGUCAACAACAUUCUGCAGAAU